AUGACUUCCAUUGCUGACGAAAUCGAGUACAAGCUCGACAAUGUCGAGGUCUCAACGGUUCGUCCAGACGACAUUAACAAGACUUUCCGUUCAACAUGCAUUGAUCUCAUCUCUAGUGGCCUCGGUGGUAAAGUCCUUGGCUACUCUGACCAAUGGUUCUGCGAGGCGUCCAACCUGUUGAACCCCAAAGCUCCAAUUGCUCAGCCAGGUAAGAUGGUCUUCACAGGUGCUUGGUAUGACGGUUGGGAGACUCGACGACACAACCAGGAGCCAUUCGACUACGCCAUAAUCAAGUUGGGCGUCGCCUCUGGCACAAUUGAAGGAGUCGAGAUCGAUACAGCCUUCUUCAAUGGAAACCACGCUCCUGCUAUCUCCGUCGAGGGUGUCUUCAACCAAGAUGAUGACAAGGUUGUUUCAUGGGGAGGAGGUCGUGGAGAAUGGGAGACCAUCCUCGGUAUCCAGGAGUGUGGUCCUUCUCAGCGCUUUGCCUGGAAGCUCAAGACUCCUAGCCAAAAGGCCUACACACACGUGAGACUCAACAUGUACCCCGACGGUGGUAUCGCACGAUUUCGUCUCUAUGGACACGCCGUCCCCGUCUUCCCUGAAGACAAGGAUGCCGUCUUUGAUCUUGCUGCAGCUCAAAAUGGAGGCAUUGCUGUGUCGUGUAGCGACGAACACUUUGGAACCAAGGACAACCUUAUCAUCCCCGGCCGCGGAAAGGAUAUGGGCGAUGGUUGGGAGACAAAGCGGUCACGAGGAAAGGACCAUACUGAUUUCGCCAUCAUCAAGCUCGGUGCCCCUGGAUACAUCGAGAAGUGGUGGACAGGCCACGGCGAUCCUGUCGCAGAUGCCACAGCCUGGAGAGUCUUUGUACCCCCGAGCAAGACGGGACCCGAUCAGGAGCAUGAGUUCGAGAGCGAAGAGAAAGAAAAGAAGGGCCUGGUAACUCACGUAAAGCUUAUCAUGAUUCCUGAUGGUGGAGUGGUAUCUCUUAGCGGAGCUGCUCCAAAACCUAAGCGGAAUGACGGUUUCUCCACGACCUCAUCAGGGACAAAGUGGGUAGACGACAUCAACACAAGCAACCAACUUCAGCUCCAACGAUAUCUCGAUCCAAUAACAUCGGGUUAUUCACCAAACAAUAGAGAACUACCAAGAUUACCUCCCUUUACCGUCAAACCAUCUCCUGCAAAAUUCCAUGAACCACGCGCCGAAUCUGAAUCUGUCUCUGCCCCUCCCUCCAUCAUGGAUCUAGGGGACUCUAUCAGCCCCGAAGGACAGCCUGAGGAAAAGCCUCGAACCCUCCCUGCAGAUCUACCCAGAUCUCUCGACGACAGAAGACAUGUGCCGAAUGAGCACCUCAUCACCGAGACAGAGAUGUACGAUGGUUGGCAAGGCCAGUCCCAGUUCCUCACCACACCAGCUAUAGCAAAGCCUCUCAACUUCGGCAACCUGUCGCUAAACGACCCCGAAUACGAGGAUGACAUUACCAAAGGACCCAAAGACAGCGACACGCGAUUAAUGGAAAUGCUGGCCGCCCAGGCAGCGCACCAAGCAGCUCCUGCUUUCGAGAACGAAGAUGAGGUCGUGAAUAGCGAAAAUCUGUCCGAGGCGGAGAAGAAGGAGAAACUACAGAAGGCCCUCAACAUGGCUGCGAGUAACGGCGAUGUCGACAGAAUUCGAAAGCUCCUCAAUGGGAAGGCAAAAGACUAUCUUGAUUUGGACGCUGAAGAUGAGGACGGAACACCGCCCCUUAUCUAUGCCAGCUGCUUUGGUCAUGAACCCGUUGUCCAAGCAUUGAUCGAUGCGGGUGCCGACGUCAACAAACAAGACCGCAAUCAAUGGACAGCUCUAAUGUGGGCCAUGACAAAUCGACACAAGGGUAUCGCUAAACUACUCCUCGAUAAUAAUGCCUCCUCCGAUCAAAAGACAUCCUCAGGACGAACGGCAUUUGACUUUGUUCCCCCGGAUAGCGAGAUGUCAUUCUAUCUUCACGACAAUGGCUAUAACAUUGGAAACGCCGGAACAGAUGACUUUUACCGACCUGGGUUCUCCCAGGAUAGGUUCGAGGAAGAGAUGGCUGAGAAUGAGAUGCGAAGAAGGCUGAUGAUGGAGAGUGCUCGUGAUCUCGAGGUCGACCUGGGAAACGUGGGUAUGGACGACCAACCCGAGCCUGUCGAUGAAUUUGAGGAAGAGCAGCAAGAAUUUGACUGGAAUCGCUGCUUACAUGAUCAAAUGUUUGUCUUUCAGGAACACGAGCUGGAACGCAUCCUUGAUAUCGUCAUUACAAAUAUGACGCCGCAAAGAUCACCGACACAGAAACCUGUCCCGGCCAACAUGAUAUUCCUCAGCGCACGAUAUGCGCAUUACCACUCAAGCCCCGAACUUCUGGAGCGACUCUUGGUGUCAGCUAUGGAUUACAUCAACGACGUCGUUGAGAGGUGUCAGUGGGACAUGACUAUUCUAGCCUUUUGGAUCUCGAACGCCACCCUACUGCUUCACUACCUCAAGAAAGACCCUGGACUUUUCGAGGCAACGGGUGAGUUCCAGGCACAGCUGGCUGAGUUGAUAAAUGAGAUUUUUAUUCUUAUCGUGCGAGAUGCCGAGCGACGUCUGGACAAGGUCUUGGACGUAGCCAUGCUGGAACACGAGACUAUUCCCGGAUUCGAGGAUAUCACUUUCCAAAAUGAGUGGAAGCUCUUCAAACGAAAGAAAGAAGUCAAAGAGGAGCCACUAGAAAAGCGAUUCAGACCACCAUCACCGAAGCAGCGAGCGAAACCAGCGCCCCGAAACGUCACCUCACUUCUCUCCUCUACUCUCUUUGUACUCGACCUCUAUGAUAUCCACUCUGUGAUUACUGCGCAAAUCAUUUCCCAAUUGAUUUACUGGAUUGGAGCAGAGCUCUUCAACCGCAUCAUGUCAAAUCGAAAGUACCUGGCCAGAACAAAGGCCAUGCAGAUCCGCAUGAAUAUUUCCAUCUUAGAAGAUUGGGCUCGGACAAAUAACAGACAGGCAGAGCACUUUGAAGGAGGUGAAAUGCGCUCUUCGGGGGAGUCAACAAUGGACGCUGCUCGAAGACAUCUGGCACCUGUAAUCCAGCUGCUCCAAUGGCUCCAGUGUUUCUCGUCACUUAACGGAGAUGAUAUGGAGGCUCUGGUUAUCACACUACAGCAGCUCAAGAGACUGAGUCCUCAACAACUCAUCCACUCAGCCAACCACUACAGGCCAGAAGUGGGCGAAAAGGGACUGCCAAAAAGUGCCAUGAAAUACUUGAUCAAUUUACAGAAAGAGGCGGCACUUAAGCGGGAGAGACGGCGGAGUGGUGUACCUUCACCACAAAAGUCAGGCCAGGACAGCACGCCAGUCACACCGGUAAAGGGCCGGUCAAACGGGAACAAUCUCGCCACUCCUGGAAGUACUGCCAGUCCUCCCGAGGACGACUGGGAUGAAGACGAUGACAUGCCAGAGCAUCUGCUGCUGGAUCCCGCCUUGAUGUUGCCUUUCGUGCUGCCGUCGGUAACUGACAUGCUUGUAACAUACGGUGCUGGACUUGGUGGAGUUAACCGUGAGCGAGAGCGCAAGUAUAUCCCCACAGUGCCACCGGAGUUUCUUGAGAAGUUAGAGGUGAGCGGCGGAACUAGGAAGGGCCCUAUGUUCGGCGAAGCAGAUUGGGAGAAUGAAGAAGUUUGA